GUCCUUUGUAAGUUAGCUGUCACUAAAACAUACGGAGGGUAGAGAAUAGAAGGAGAAUUAUAUGGACCCCUCAUUUAUUUUAGGGCGUGGACAGUUUUAUUUUCCCAUUCACAGAGAAAACUAAUCUGCCUUAUCGCCCCGCGUGGGUGAUACAUGAUAACACAAAUGAAAUGUUCCACUUUUAAACGGGUUAGAUACCCUCACAUUAAACCAAUGAUUGUAGACUUUCUAUGUUUGGAUUUAACUGUUAUUUUUUACUAACAAUAUUUCAAAUAUCCUGUAACUCGGAUUACUAAUUACCAUUUGGAAUUUCACUAAAGAUACAUAUAAAAAUAUCUGUGGAUAUUCUAAAUCAAAAUCACAAUCAUGCUUCAUCGACCUACUCUCAUGCCUGCAUCAAUGAAAUCAUCAUCAAAAUUCAACUUAUCCACUAAUUCAAAACAUUCAUCUCAAUCAAUUAAAAUGGAAAAUCCAGAAUUGAUUCAACUACUUGACUGUGUUGGUGAUGAUGAUGAAAUAGUUAUUGUAGAACCUACAGAUCCAGAUGAAGAUCGUAUGAAACAGGAAGAUACAACAUUUGAUGAUGAAUUAAAGAAAGAACAAGAAGAUUAUGCAGAGCAAGAUUACAAUGGGAAUGAUGUAGACAUGAAUUCAAAUGACUCUCAUAUGAAAAGUGAAUCUCACAUUCCAGUGUCGAAUAGUAAAUUGGAUGAACCCACUGGAAAUGGAACUGCAGUCACCGUAACCACAGAUUCGGUUAAACCUAUUGGAAUUCUACCUCUGAAUGAUGCCAUUCACAAUUUACUCACAUUUACACCACAUGUUGCUCCCACCAUACAAAAUGUUCCACUUCAACCUAUACUGUCGAGUAAAAUGAAUGGAUCAGGAAGUGUGCAAUUGCCGAAUGUUGUUUCCAAUGCAUUGCCUACAUUGUGGCUUCAUUCUCCUGUUGUGAAUUCAAUGGGAAUGAGUAUGCCUAAUGUGAAUAGUGUGACAGAUUUGACGAGUAAUAUUGUACAGAAUAGUGCGGCUGCACUGAAUCCACUUGUUGCUGCUGUGCUUGUGAAUUGUGCCACAGUGAACAUGAUAAGUCAGCUAGCUGGAUCUAUGUGUACUCCGAUGGUGAACAGCAGCAUGAUCGAUGGUAAUGUUAAUGGUAGUAAUGUGAACAAUAAUAGUACCCACACUAGUAGUGCUUGUAGUGUUAGCAGUGGUAGUGGUAGUGUUGGUGUCGGUGUUGGUGGUGUUGGUGUUGGUGGUAGUGGUGGUAGUAGUAGUGGAGUCAACACUGUAACAAUCCCUACAGCGUCAUUACUUCCCAAUUUGUUAUCUGCCAUUCCGUUGUCAACGUAUAUAUCGGGAUUAGGACUGAAUACAAGUGGAGGUAUAAUUACUUCACCAAAUAGUUUGUGUGAUGUUGGCGUUACUAAUACAGUUGUCUCGUCUGCUGCAACUCUCAAUAAUAAUAUUGGUGGUAUAAUUGUGACACCAUCGAAUGUUGAGAAUAUUACAGUUUCUUUAUCAUCUGACCGAAGUUCUAGUCAAGCUGAAUACUUACAUGUAUCUGAUGAUAAAAACACUCAGCGUCCUGUUGGACGUGUAAAACGCUUUAAAUGUCCUGUGGCUAAUUGUCAAAUGUCAUUUUACAGUAGAUUCAAUCAAAUGGAACAUAUACGUACACAUACUGGUGAGCGUCCAUACACCUGUCCAGAACCGCAGUGUACUUCAACAUUUAAACGUAGACGUGAUCUUCGUGAUCAUUGGAGUAUGCAUCUCUUAGAUUGCCCACCAUCAGCUACAUUGAGUGAAGAAGAAUUCAAUAAAGCAUUGAAAGAAGCUGAUGAAAAGUAUAACGCAAUGUUUAAGUGGGAAACGUUCGAUGUAAACUCUUCAGUAAAUAAAGAUAAUAUUACUGGUAGUAAUAAUAAUAGCAGCGACAACAAUAAUGAUGUAAAUACUGUAAAAUCCGAAUCAUCUCAGUCAUCCGUGGUAAUUCCUGACCCCAGAGCACUCUUUAACAUUAAGUCUGUUAGUGAAUUGGGUAGAUAUCACUGUACAUAUCCUGGAUGUGAUAAAUCGUAUGCUAGACGACAUCGCUUGAACCAACAUAUAUCAACACAUACUGGUACUGGUCCGAUACCAUGUGAUGCACCGAAUUGUAAUGUGAGGUACUUUUCAGAAGAGGAUUUAAAGAGACACAAAUUAUCUCAUCUUUAUGCAGCUGACAAAGAUUCGCGUCGUCGACAUGCUUGUACAUAUGCUGGAUGUGGUAAAGCCUAUUCAAAGUUGAACAAGCUCAAAGAACAUUUACGAUCACAUACAGGUGAAAGGCCCUACGUCUGUCGUGAACCUGGUUGCGGUGCUGCAUUCAUCCGACUGUACGGUGUUAAACGUCAUGAAUUAACACACGUAUUCGGUCGUAAACGUGCUGAAAGACUGUCUCAAAUCCCUAACACUAAUAGUAUGACAGGAACUAGUUUUGAUAUUUCUGAUCCAAGGUUGGAUAUUCAGAACAAUCCAGAAAUAACUACCAGCUCACCAUAUAUCUUACCAAAGCCCGAACCAAUGGAAACAAGAAAUGAGAUGUCGGUAGCACCAACUGUUACGAAAAAUCGCACUCUUCCAGCUAUUGCACCAAAAUCAAGUGUAUCUCUUCCGAUGCGUCCGAUUUCUCCUAUAAGUGGGAAUCCGGGAAUGAGACGACCACAUAUUUGUCCAUUUAAAGAAUGCGGCAAAGCAUUCCCAAAACUGAAUAAACUGCGUGAACAUAUAUGUCGACAUACAGGUGAACGACCAUUUGUGUGUGAUAAAUGUAAAGCUUCAUUUGUCCGUAUGUAUGAUUUACGUCGUCACAGUAAUAUCCACCUUCGUGGUGCACAACCAAGAAGUUUAUCACGUUUCCUCACAACUCCACAACAAACAAAUGAAACACUUGAAUCUAUUGUCACAAACAGUCAGAUUUCUAUCUCUACUGCUCCCAUUACUACUCCCAAUACUGAUACUAUUGCUACUAAUAAUAAUACUAUUCCCACUGUUGCUACGACAGUUUCUGUAACCAGUCUUAUUUCAGAUACUACAAACUCCACCAUAUCUACUGUUCCUGUUUGUAUCAGUACUCUUAAAGUUGAAGAAGAGUCAGAACUCAUCAAAAUGGAAGAAAUUACUGAACAAUCAACAAGUUUGCAACCAUGUGAUACUGAUGAUCAGGUAACAGGCUGCAUUGAUAAAUAAUGUCACUCACCUUGAAUCAUCUGAUUAUGAUUUUGACGAUUAUUUAAUGUAAACGGAAUGAUCGGUAACAUUUUUGUACAAAAAAAUAUGACCCAUUAUUAAUUCUCUUUGACGAUUUAGUAAUAAUGAUUGUAGUUGACUUAUUCAUUUGUAGUGCUCUUCUUUUUUUACAAAUGCCAUUCAUUCAUUAACCAAUUAACCAUUUGUAUGUUCACCAAUAAUUAGUAUUAUCUUCUUUUUUUUAGUAUUUCAUGUGACCUUGUAAUUUCAUUGACUUGUUUUUCAUUUGAUUUUAUCGAUAAAUUAAUGUUUGAUUUUAAUUUCUUGCCUAUCAUAAAGUAUUGAUUAUUUUUUGAUUCAUUCUUGACAGUCAUAACUGGUUUCUUACUUAUAUAUAUACAUAUGCAUUACGAUGUCAUUGUUUCUUCAUAACGUUUGAAAUACUUCACUAUGUGAUAAACCAACACAUUCUGUAAGUGAUUUAGUCUUCGUAUAGUUUGAUUCAAUUUGC